AUGAGAAAUUAUUAUGAAGAUGAAGAAGGCUUAUACGCAUCCAACCCCUAUAAAUCCAAGUGUCAAAAACCAAGCCAGAGUUGGUUCGAUGAGGAGGCUGACUAUAAAGCACCACCAUGGCCUGGAGAUGAGUACUCAAACUCUAAUUUCGAAGAUGAAGCAGACCAUUACAAAGGCGUCACUAACCAUCAGACUUGGAACAAAAGAGAAGGAGAAACUCACCAUUUUCUAGCUGCACCAAUAAGGAGAACACCACAGAGAACUGAAGCGUGGGAACAACAAGGGUAUGAGUUCUAUGGACGAAAAGAUGCCAAAGCUUAUUUCAAGUGGCAAGAACUGAUGGAAGAAUUAUUUGUUUCCUACAAUUACACGGAUCAAAGGAAGUUCACUACCGCGAUUCAAUAG